UUCAACACGUGGUCGGGUCGAGUGCACGUGCACCGGGAUCGCUCGCGAGUAAACAAAAAUUGCGCAAGCCAUUAAACCGAUCCGAAUCGGAAUUACAUUAACCGAGUCGCCACGCCGAGUCGAACUACGGAAAGAGUUAAGUGAUUUUUAAUAUUUGUGUUAUUGUAUAUGGCACGGUUCCGACAAACCGGUUACUCGUGCAAGUGAAAUGUUAAACCGUACAGCCGAAGAUUUCCAACUGUCAAUACUGUUCGAAGACUCGAUGACAUGGCUCGUUGGUGAAAAUAGACGAGCGACCGAAAUUUUCGUGGACAGUGUACGCUAAUAAAGACGACUACUCAAGUGUUUGUGUUUGAACCGUUUAUUGUGAAGUGAGCGAUUUAAGAUCUGCGACAAUGGAUCUGGUUACGAUUUCUUUCGCCGCUUUGAUGAUCAUACUUUGUUUGUGUCUUCUACAUUUUCUCAUUGAAAAAAAAUGCAAUGCAGAGUCACUUAAAGAUAUUCCGGGGCCUAGAGCUUAUCCGAUCAUUGGAAACUUCUUAGACGUAUACGGAGAUCAAGCAAAGCUUUUCAGUUCGCUGAGAAAAUGGGCCAAGUUGUACCCGAAGAUAUACAAAACUCGAGUGAUGGCCAUUUCUAUAGUUUGUCUCCUGAGACCUGAAGACAUUGAGGUUCUGUUGUCUAGUAUGAGGCAUAUCAAGAAAAGUAAGACGUACGAUUUUCUGCAUCCUUGGCUACAAGACGGAUUACUUACCAGUUCAGGUAGCAAAUGGCAGUCCCGACGCAAAAUCCUGACGCCCGCCUUCCAUUCGACCGUCCUGCAGGAAUUCUGCGCCGUCUUCGGGGAACAAGGCAACGCGCUCGCCGAGCGUCUGGCCGACGAGUGCGACAGACAAGAAACGGACAUCUGCCCUUACGUUACCGAUUUCGCUUUGCAUUCAAUAUGUGAAACUGCAAUGGGCACGAAGCUGGAGAUAGCAAACGAUGUCUCUUGGCAGUACAAGAACGCAAUUUAUAGAAUGGGUGAGCUGCUGGUGCAUCGUCUCGUGAGGCCUUGGCUGAGACCCAUGUGCCUGUUCGCAUUGAGCCCCAGCGGCAUGGAACAAAGGCGCGUAGUCUCUACACUGCAUUCAUUUACCGGGGACGUAAUACGGAAGAGGAAAAUGGAUUUUAUAGGACAAACUCCGCAAUUGCCGGUUGUUCCCGCUCACAAAAGACGAUUGGCAAUGCUGGAUCUUCUCCUUUUGGCAGAACACGAAGGGGCAGAUAUUGAUGAAUUAGGCAUUCGCGAAGAAGUUGACACAUUCAUGUUUGAGGGACACGACACAGUAUCCAUGGCUAUAAUAUUUGCACUAUUCUGCCUUGCUAAUAAUCCCGAAUAUCAGGAUAAAGCUUAUCAAGAGCAAUGUCAAAUUUUUGGAAAUUCGGACAGAGUUCCCACGAUACCAGAUUUGAACGAAAUGCGUUUUCUUGAAAGGUGCAUCAAAGAAUCGCUGAGACUUUACCCGAGCGUUCCACUCAUAUCGAGAGCUCUUACAGAGCCACUUGUCCUCAAGGACCGUAUUAUACCAGCCGGUCAAAUAGUUCAUAUUCAUAUAUUUGACUUACAUCGUGACCCGGAUUUGUUUCCAGACCCGGAACGUUACGAUCCCGACAGGUUCCUACCCGAGGAGUGCGCGAAAAGGCAUCCCUUUGCUUAUAUCCCUUUCAGCGCAGGUCCGCGCAACUGCAUAGGUCAGAGAUUCGCCUUGUAUGAAGACAAGUCUGUGAUAUCAACGGUCUUAAGAAAAUAUAAGUUAGAAGCCAUCACAAAGCCGAAUGAAGUCAUAUUCAAUGCCGACCUGGUCCUGCGUCCGAAAUAUCCGAUUAAAAUCCGAUUUAGGCAUAGAUCCGCCAAUCACACAAAAAGGAAUGAAAUGAAUAGAUGAUUCAAAAUAAAUGAGCGUAUGACAUCUAAUAAGGCAUGUCAAAAAAUAGCAAUGUAAAUUCCAAAUUUUCAGUUCUCUUUAAUAAAACUAAAAUGUGAUGUAAUUAGGGAUAAAGUAAAUUUCCGGUGGGUUGUACAAAAUGUACAAAACUAUGAAACCAUAUAUCAUGGGUCGCAACAGGGAAAUCUAUAGGGUAAGCCAAGUCGAAUUCUUUUAAUGAUUUAUGGCAAAUUUUGUAUUGAU